UUCAUUUAUCACGCUGCUGGCUUCCUGCUGAGUCUCCACUCUGUCGGUUGUAGCAGUAGAUGCAGCUGCUCCGCCACGCAACAGACUCCCAAGUUCAAGAGACGACCAUACGUCGACAUUUCGGGUGGAGUGGUGCUGAGGGGCUCAGUGAACAGGACUGCAGACAUCAUGGUGAACAUCCCAGAAUACUAUGUGGGGAAGACUGUGCUGAUCACUGGAGCAACAGGAUUCAUGGGCAAGGUGCUGCUGGAGAAGCUCCUGAGGUCCUGCCCAGGAGUCAAAUCUGUCUAUGUGAUGGUCCGGUCAAAAGCCGGUCAGAGCCCUCAGGCCCGCAUCGCUGACAUGAUCAACUGCAAGUUGUUUGAAAGAUUGCAAGACGAGCAGCCAGGCUUUGCCGAGAAGAUCGUAGCCGUGAACAGUGACCUCACACAGCCAGAGCUGGAUCUGAGUAAAGGGGAUCAGAGCAUCUUGGUUGAAAACAUUAACAUCGUUUUCCACUGUGCCGCUACCAUCCGAUUUAAUGAGCCACUCAA